AUGUGCCACUUUCAGGUCUCCUCACACUGCUGGUGGGUUCCAUUUUGUCAUAGGGUGCUGGCAGAUUACGGGCCUCCCAUUGCUGCUGCCAGGCCCGUAAUCUGCCAUGGGCCCCCGUACCGCCUCCUCAUGCUGCUGCCAGGUCCAGAGUGUCUCAUGGGUCCCUGUACGGCCUCCCAUUGCUGCUGUCUCCAUCGCCACACUCUGCCAUGUGCCACUUUCAGGUCUCCUCACACUGCUGGUGGGUUCCAUUUUUGUCAUAGGGUGCUGUAUGGCCUCCCAUUGCUGCUGCCUCCACCGCCACACUGUGGCUCCACACUCUGGUUUUGGCCCCGUGACUGCCCAAAUGAGUGAAGUGUGCGGUGAUUCUAAGAUCGACGGCACUCAUCUGCAUGUCAUACUG